AUGAAGGGGUGCUCACUUAUGCUCGCUACUGUACAUCGUGAUGUAAAACCGGAGAACGUUCUUAUGAGUGGCUACGAUUCUAUUGAACUAGCCGAUUUGGGAGUAAGAACCAAUCUAAAGCCGAAAACAUUCUGGGGUACAAUUGGAUACUUGGCUCCAGAAGUAUUAACUGGCCAAUCAUCGAGCAGUGUAGACAUAAAUGCAUCCGGGAUCAUGUGCCACAAACAGAAACAGGGGGAUAUUAAACAGUUUACCAAUUGCUCGUCGGAUGACAAAGGCUCCAAGUCUUCUUAUCAAACACCAAAGACCAUCAGCAAAGAUCUCGGUGAUCUAAACCUUAUAGUUUUAAUGAAGAACUUCAUAUAG